AUGAUGAAAAGCUCCUUGAGAUCAGUUAUUAGGAUCCUCGUUGCUUCUGUUUCCAUCUUGUAUAUUGUGACAGGGCUUGAAAUAAGCAACACCUUUACAGAGAAAGGUCUCUCCUUGCUGGGCUACCACUUGUGCAAUUUCACGGUUACAAAAUAUGUGGACAAAGUGGUUGCCUACCAAAAGUCAUAUGAGAAGCAAACACCAUGUGGAGGAUGGAUUCCCUGGAGACAGUGCACCAAAACCUCAUACAAAGAGGAGUAUCAUUCCAUCUCAGUCCCAGAGACUGUGAAUCUGACAGAUUGCUGUAUUGGGUAUGAACAAGUUGGCCUUUACUGUGUCUUACCUCUAAACAGAUCCAGUGAAUUUGCCUCAAGGCUUGGUGCCUGUCCAGAUAAGGAUGUGGAAGCAUUGGAUAUUUCAUGCACGUUUGAUUUGGAUUGUCCGGAACAUAAAAAAUGCUGUAAGACAUCUAAAGGAGUUGGUUGUUCCAAUCCUGUGUCUGAAGAGGGGAAUGUGACAAAACACUGGUACAAUGUGUCUGUCCUGGUGAAAAUGGAUUUCUAUGAAUUAAGCAAAGUUGAUCCAAGACUUCUCAGCCAUUCUCGCCUUCUACAUUCAAUGAUUAGUGGGGCAUUAUGGGCCUUUAAUGCAACGAUGUACCAUAUCGAGACUAUACAGGCAGAACCUUAUAUGGAGACAGUGUCUUCUCAGGUCCUGGUGGGGCUCCAAGAGUUUGUUCCAUUGGUGAACAUUUCUUUAUUGGUGAAGGACAUUGUGAUGCGAGUGUCUGAAGUGAUUGACAUAGUUGUGCAAGAUCCUCUCCCUAUCAAAAAUCAUAUGAUCUUCAGCAUAACCAGCAGCAGUUUUGAAAUGUCUUGGAAUGUAAAUUCAGUACGGAACCAUUCUUUCCAAGUUGAAGUAUACAAAAACAAGAAACUAAUUCAAAGAACUGAAACCACUGAUAUGAAAUUAGAGGUGUCAAACUUAGAAACUGGUGUGAUGUACACAGCAAAAGUCAGCUAUGAAGCCUGCAACAUGCAAAUUUUUUCUUACAGAAAUGUGAGGACAGAUGCCUUGAUAUUUGGCAUAACACUAAGGAUCUUGAACUAUAACUUCACGAACCAGCUCCUCAACACUAGCAGUGUAGAAUAUGAAGCAUUUUCUAGUAUUUUGAUGACUGAGAUUAGAAAUUCAUUCCCUUCUGAUAUAUCAGCAUUAUACAAAAAGGGGAUUCUGAAAAUGCACAUUUACUCUCUUGAAACUGGUAGUAUCAUUGUGAGGCAUAAAAUCUUAAUAGGAGACCUGCAAUUUCCUAAAGACUUAUCUGCAUUUGAUCCAAUGAUGUCAUCAUUGUCCCAAAGUCAUGUGUUCCUCCUUGACCGCAAGAACUCUGUAGUGGAAGACUGGAAUGAAUGUGCAUUUAGAGCAGAGAAUGAUUGCAGUAUGUUUGCAGAAUGCAUCAAUACAAUAGGCUCAUAUAUAUGCAGAUGCAAGACGACAACAGACGCCAAUCCACUCCGACCCGGGAGAAACUGUGAGGUGUCUCUCCAAGCUGGAAAAAUAGUUUUUUCCAAUGUAACCAGCACCAGCUUUCAUGUUGCCUGGACCACAAUUUUUCCACUGAAUUCUACUUUCCAGUUUUCAGUCUUUGAGGGAAAGAAGCUUCUACAGGAGGUUAAAAGCCAGAGCAGCAACGUGACUUUUUCCAGAUUAAAUCCUGGGAUUUUGUACACUGUUAAGCUUCAAGUGGAGGUUUGUGGAAAGAAAAGUAAACCAAUACAGCGCAAAGUAAAGACAGCUAUCCAGAAAUUUAAUGGGACAGUAAAGAUAUCAGUACGCACAUCUUUGCCUCAUAACACUCUUCAGAAAAUGGAUGCUGGUAUGAUUAAAAUGUUGAUAAUGAAUAUUUCCAAUGGAAGUAUUGUGAUAAACUUCAGUCUCCUGAUUCCAACAGAAAUGGACGCAAACAAUAUUACCUGCUCUUUUUUUGAUGCUUUACAAAACAAUCUUCAUUUGAGCGUUGAUAACAAUAGUCUCUCUAUACAUGAUUAUGAUGAGUGUGCAAGAGAAGAAACUGAUUGUUCUCCUGAUGCAUCUUGCUAUAAUACUUAUGGCUCAUAUGAAUGCAACUGCAAAGAAGGAUUUAUCAAUAAUGAAGUCCAUGUGUUUUGUGAGCUUGAAAAAUUUUUCAUCACCAUCCAGAAGGCCUUCUUGCAGAAACAAUCAAUUCCAGAGUCGUCUUUGUAUCUAGGAAGACCUCACUGCAAUGUAAGCCAAAGUAAUUCCAGUCAUGCUGUGCUUCAGGCUGGAUGGAACGAAUGUGGAACUGAAGUCCAAAGUAAUACAACACAUAUCAUAGUAAAAACAAUUCUCCAAAAUGAUAUGUCUUCUCUGGGUGCUAUCCACCAUUUAAAGGUUGCCAGUCCAAUUCAUUGUGUGUUUCCAAAUGAUCUCUUGACUUCAACUGGAUACACUUCAGAAGGGGUUUAUACUAUAUUUGAGGAUUUGCACGGAUCAGGACAUUUCUUAACAGAAAUGCAGUUGUUCAUUGGAAAUUCUCCAAUUCCCAGAAAUUUCAGUAUAUCUGCUAGUGAGGAUAUAAUGAUUGAGGUGGGAAUUCAGACAGAAGACACUAAGCUCAAGGUGGUGGUUGGUGAAUGUUGGGCAACUCCAACUAAUAACUCAAUGGAUCAGCUAUCAUUUCCUUUUAUACAUGCAAGCUGUCCAGUUCCAAAUGCUCACACCACCAUGAUUUCAAAUGGGAUAUCGAACAAAGCUCAGUUUAAGCUGAAAAUCUUUUCUUUUGUCAAUGACUCAGUAGUUUACUUACAUUGCAAAAUCCAUGUUUGUGUGGAAACACCUGGGACUACUUGCAAAGCGAGCUGCAGUGGUUUCCGUUCUCAAAGGAGUGGGGAAACUAUUGCAAUGCCCAGGACAUCAUGGGGACCUCUACGCAGAUCCGAAGAAAAAGUGCCUGGUUUAGGAACAGGGUAUAUAAUACUAAUUGUGCUUGGUAUAUUUGUUCUUGCACUGGGAACCAUAGGAUUUUUGGUUGGCCAACACCAACGGAAGGCUGGCACUUACAACUUCAAAAUCAAGUCUGACAAUUUUAACUACCAAGUGUUCUAUGACUGA